AUGGCUGACAACACCCCAACUGCCCCGUCAUCAGGCCACGGUCGUGGUGGUAGCCGCCGUCGUGGCCGUGGAGGGGCCCCUCCCUCUGGCCGUUCUGAUGAACCGCGCAACGCUGGAGAUGGCGCAGGUCGAGGAGGCAAGUCCCGCGGUCGCGGAGGUCGAGGCUCUGGUGGACGCGAGAAACAACGGAACCAGGAUGGACCCGAAGAAACUGAGACACAACCCACGUCGCAGGUUGCGACAGUAGGGACACAAGAGGUCCCCGCCGCUACCGAUGAUGCCGACGAUGGAGAGAUCUGCUUCAUUUGUGCGUCGACUGUUGAACAUACGUCUGUGUCGCCUUGCAAUCACCGGACGUGUCAUAUCUGUGCGCUCCGCUUGCGCGCCCUUUACAAGAACAAAGGCUGCGCUCAUUGUCGAACCGAGUCUCCCUUUGUCAUCUUCACCGAUGAUCCCGUGCGACGAUUUGAAGAAUUCGAGAAGAAGGAUUUCGCUCGGACCGAUGAGAACUUGGGUAUCCAUUAUGAGAAGGACGAAAUCUUUGAAGACACAGUGCUGUUGCUUCGAUACAACUGCCCGGAUGAAGAUUGCGAUGUCGCCUGUCUUGGAUGGCCGGACUUGCAUCGUCAUGUAAAGAGCAAGCAUGGAAAGGUGAUGUGUGAUCUUUGUACACGGAACAAGAAAGUGUUCACUCACGAGCACACCCUUUUUACCAUGGCUGAGUUGCGGAAACACGAGAAGCAUGGUGAUCACAAACCCGGUGCUAUCGAGCAGAGCGGCUUCAAGGGCCACCCAGAGUGUGGAUUCUGUCGGCAAAGAUUCUAUGGUGAUGAUGAGCUCUACACCCACUGUCGUGACAAGCAUGAACGAUGCCAUAUCUGUGACCGCCGCGCUUCCCAUCGCCAGCAACAAUACUACAUUGACUACAAUGCUUUGGAGGGCCACUUCCAGAAAGAUCAUUUCCUCUGUCUUGACAAGGAAUGUUUGGAAAAGAAGUUUGUAGUUUUCGAGUCGCAGAUGGACCUAAAGGCCCACCAGAUUGAGGCCCACCCAAAUGGAGUCUCCAAGGAUGUGCGACGAGACGCUCGGAUUGUCGAUCUCGCCGAGUUCGAUAUUCGGAGCCCAUAUCAGCCGCAGCGUCAGCGCCGCGGUGCUGGUCGUGGCCGAGAUCCCAAUGCCGAGCCUCUACCUGUAUCUAGUGCACAGCCUCUCGGGCGUGCUGAACAAGCCUUCCAGCGGCAACAAGCUAUCCAAAGCUCCCAGUCCGUCACCACUCGCAGUUUCGGUGGACAGCUCAGCCGAAAUGAGACCCAAACGGUACAGGCACCCGCUCGGUCAGCAGCAGGUACCCCUAACCCGGCAGCUCGUGCUCGACCACCACCUACUGCAGAGUUGGAGAGUCUUAGCCUUGCGGCCACCUCGGCAACCCUGAGCCCGCAAGACCAAGCUCGUCGCUUGCGUCAUACCACUGUGGUGGAGCGGGCUUCAAAUCUCCUCCACAAUGAUGCGACCAAGCUUGCUGAGUUCCGGACGAGAGUGUCCAGCUAUCGCACUUCGUCUAUCGGUGCUACUGAGCUCAUCGAUGCGUUCUUCUCUCUGUUUGAUACCUCUAGCUCGGAGUUAGGUAAGCUCAUUAAGGAGCUUGCCGAUAUCUAUGAAGACGAAAGCAAGCGCACAAGUCUUCUCCAAGCAUGGAACGACUGGCGCGCUAUCAAUGAGGACUACCCUGCUCUCCCAGGUCCCGGUGGUCUUCUGCCUGGCAUGUCUCCAGGGACAGUCAGUACCGGUGGCAGCCGUGUCUUGCGGCUGAAGUCUUCUACCGCUCAAUCAUCUCGCUCCGCCGUUGGUAGAAGCGGCGCCAUGUCCUCAUCCUCCGCCAAUCCAUUCCCUCCACUUUCUGCAGCCGUCGGCAGCUCAUCUCGCCGAAACAAUGCUGCCACUUCUACUCCCUGGGCUGCUGCCGCCCCUCCACCCUCCAUCAGUCGCCCGUCAUACUCAAAUCCACCCAGUCGCUCGUCUCCAGCCAUGGGCCCUAGUACCGCAGCCCCCGUCACUGGUGCGAACGCUUUCCCCGCUCUCCCCACGGCCGCGAAGCCAAAUGUCAUGAUGCCCGGAAAGACGCGCGGUUACGUCCGGUGGGACGAGCGUAAAGGCCCCGCUGCUAAUGCAUGGGGAUCUAAUCCGUCUUCUGGUCUUGCAUCUCCGGCAGAGCCGGUAGAUGAGUUUGAGGACGAGCCUAGCGAUGGAAAGAAGGGGAAAAAGAAGAAGGGCAAGCAGACCCUCUUCCACUUUGGUUGA